AUGUCGCAGACUGCCAUACUAAAGUUGCCCGUCACUAGGUGCCACUCUUGCACCGAAAGUGAUUACUGCGCAAGUUGCCGGGAAAGCAACAUUACCAAGCUGAGAAGGCGCUGGGUAUCCUUUGAACGGUCUGACGAUUUUGACAAGGACGUCUUCAAGCGUCUCUUCGUGCUGCGAUAUGGCCGCGAGGCAGUGGGCACGGCUUUGUGGCACAAAUACUUUACCGGGUUUUCGCACUCGAUGAAGUGGCAAAAGGAGUCACUCGGGAAUUAUAUUGAUGCCAUAUGCCAGGGCAAACUAGAGCAAAUGUCGCUGUCAUCGACCUAUAUUCCAAACGACGCACUUUCACAGCUUUCCACAGAUGAGUUGCUGGGACGGUGCAACGAGCUUACUCGGCAGCUGCAAAAGAUACACGCUGAGUUGGCUGCACGGCAAUAUGCUGAGGCAUUAGUAGACUCCGACGAAGAAUCAGUAUAUUCGGACGUUGAGUUCGAGGAAUGCUCCAUCAGCCCUAAGCAGAUCACUCCCUUACCUGCCACUCAAUCAUUGACUCCCCCUACUUCGCAGCCUCCAAGUAGCAUCCCUGAAGAUCAGCAACUCCGAGAUACUAUACUCAUGCACUGGAGAGAAGACGAGAAUCCGCAGGUGGCAAAAUUCGUUCGGCUGUCACUGCAUAAGCCUAGAUUCCUUGUUGUAUUGCUGGAACUCGCAAGGUACUACACGUGGAAUCAAACAGCACGAAUGGUCAACUACGUUAUCAUAGAGCGUGUUCGUCAUUUCAAAAACUCAUCAGACAAGGAUCGGUAUCCCAAGUUGGAUGACUGGCAGAGAGUCUUGAGGAUCUGCAAAAACCUGGGGUUCCCCGCCCUUGAUCCAGAAAAGCUGCUGGAAAAUGACUUGUUGGUCACGAACUUUCGAAUUACGGAUAAAGGUCUUGUAAAAGAGGGAAACUCUUUUCACCCCAAUGCCGACCAGUUGGGAAUGUGCAUCGAACGAGGCCCAUCUUGCCAGCCGUCGCGCGUAGGCCCGCACAUUUUUACGCGAGAAUACAUGAUGAGGUGUUCAAAACAAAACAAUCCAUGA